GGUCGCACGAGUAACGCCGAGGGUUAUAUACCAAGAUAGUAGGUACUUUCAACGAUCGACCAUGAGAUUCAAGUCAUGAUUCCCAGGACGAGAAGAGUGACUUGAGAAUGAAGGAGCCAGUCCCCUUCAGCAGGACCGAUUUCAUCCCAAGUCAUGUUGGCGAUGAUAUCCUUCCCGCCGACCCAUUAUUCACUCGCUUGUUGACGUUAGCACACCGUCCUCACCCUCGCCCAGCGAUCCGCGAUGUCAAUGCUGGGAUUGAGAGGACUGCGGCACAACUGCUUAGCGAUGUUCUGAAGUUUCGCCGUAUUGUACGAAAGUCACUCACGCCACGAACCAUUGACGACCUGCACAAUGGCCGAGAGGUCUACAUCAGCCUCGUCGCGCCUGGAGGCUAUGAAUUUACCGUCGGUGUCCUGGCCGUUCUAGCACUAGGUGCUGCAGUUAGCCCUUUUAGCAGCGCCCAGCCUGUGAAAGAAGCAUGCUACUACGUCAACAAGGCACGAUCUGUCGCUGUUUUGGCGGCCACACCAGCUCUCUCACUCGGCCAGGCUUUAGCCAACGAAAUUCGAAGCACGACGAACUCAGACUUCACUUGCAUCCCAAUAAACACCAUCGAGCAGGCUGACCCUUUCCCUUUGGAGACCAUCAAGAUCUCUUCGAACCGCUUUCAGGACCCUAAUGCUCCAGGUGUCGUUAUCUUCACUUCCGGUACUACAGGCCCGCCAAAAGGUGCUGUACUGUCUCGAGCAGCGAUGAUCAACGGCGGCAUGUCCUUCGCGCAGAACGUCGGUCUCCAAGAAACGGACGUGUUACUCCAUUUGUUGCCCGUUCACCACGCCACAGGCAUAUGGGUAUCAUUCUUCCCGUUCAUCCAGUCUGGGGCAUGCAUCGAGUUCAAAUCAGGCGGCUUCGACCCGGAAUGGACAUGGAAUCGCUGGAGGAAAGGCGGUCUGACGCACUUCACGGGCGUGCCCACCAUAUACAUGCGCAUGAUGCGAUACUACCUCGAGCACGCAACCAAGCUUUCUCCAGCCGAAGCCGAGUCUUUCACAGCCGCCGCGGCAGCAUUCAAAGUAUGCAUCUGCGGGACAUCUGCAUUGCCCAAACCAAUCAGUGACUUCUGGACAACACUCAUGAACGGGCGGCGAAUAGUGCAGAGGUACGGCUCGACGGAACUCGGAGUUAUUUUCAACAUGUCUGUUGACCCAACCGAAGAAAUCCCUGACGGAUCCGUGGGCGAGUUGACGUACGGAGUCGAUGUAAAGCUCUCCGAAGGCGAUGAGGGCGAAGUCCUUGCAAAGUCCUGCCACAUGUUCUCAAAGUACCUGCACGAUCCCGAAGCGACCGCCAAUGCACACGAUGCCGACGGAUACUUCAAGUCUGGCGAUGUGGCCCGACGAGAGGGAAAGCAUUAUUUCAUCGUUGGCCGGGCGUCAGUGGAUAUCAUCAAGUCUGGAGGAUACAAGAUCUCCGCAUUGGACAUCGAGAGGGAGCUACUGGCAUUACCUUACCUCGGCGAAGCAAUGGUCGUUGGUGUCCCAGAUGAAGAGUUCGGUCAGCGUGUCGGCGCGGUGGUGUCUCUGCGCACCGACGAAGUGGCACAACAGUUCUAUAACGAGAACAACCGAGGUCCAGACUCCCUGAAGCUGGACGACCUUCGUGCCGAUGUGCGGAGUCGCCUUGCAGGGUACAAGCUUCCGACACUGCUGCGUAUCAUCGAGGGCGAAUUGCCCAAGAGUGGGACCGGUAAAGUGGUCAAGAAGACCCUUGGACCACUGUACUUCCCUGCGAAUUAUGGGGAAGACAGGGAGGUCCAGGUCUGGAGUAGUCGGAGGCCAGCUGGAUCUAGCAAGUUAUAGCCUGGCCAAGAUUCCAUAGAACCGAGAAGAUGAAAGAGGCAUCACAAGAAGUUGGUCAAAGAGCAUGUGAGAUGGAAAGCAAGAUAUGAGUUUUCUAUAAUUCUAGAACUGAAUGGGAACACAGGCCUUCGUCUCACCAGUUGCCAACGUGGUGAGGAAUUCUUGCCUCAUUAAAGUGUCUAGAGGCCCG